AAGCCCGGACUCACAGUCACAUCACUUUUAGUUUAGCUAGUGGUGUCAACGUUUCUUAUGUUGCGCACCUCUACUAGCUAACACCGGUGAAGCUAAAUAGCUACCGUGACUUUUGUUGAUAGUUCUACUGUUAGAAAAUGAUCUGUUUGUAAUGUAUCAGCUGUCAUUGAGCACCAUUUUUAGAAUUCGGGUAUACUACUGUGCUUCUGCUCAGAGUCAUCAUGGCCUCAGAUGACAUUGCUCAGCUGGCUGAUGCUCUUUCCAAGACCCAUGUCGGCGAUGGAGAGUUGAGCUACAAAGGCCUGGGACUGAAGCUGGACAACGCACAAUCAGUGGAGGAGCUGGUCCGUGAGAUAGAGCAGUACCAGAGUCUGAGAGCUUUACGCCUGGAGGGGAACACUGUGGGAGUGGACGCAGCCCGGGCCAUUGCUAAGGCUCUGGAGAGCAAAGACCUGCUCCAGAGAUGCUACUGGAGUGACAUGUUCACCGGAAGGUUGCGCUCUGAAAUCCCCACAGCCCUGAGGUCUCUGGGCAGUGCAUUAAUGAGUGCAGGGGCCAGGCUGACUGAGCUGGACCUGAGCGAUAACGCCUUUGGGCCGGACGGUGUGAAGGGAAUUGAGCAGCUGCUCAAAAGCCCUUCCUGCCACACCUUGAGGGAGCUAAAGCUCAACAACUGUGGCAUGGGGAUCGGAGGAGGAAAGAUCCUGGCUGAAGCUCUGAUUGAGUGCCACAGACAGUCAUCAGCGCUCGGAGCUCCACUCAAACUGAGAGUGUUCAUCGCAGGGAGGAACCGCCUGGAAAAUGAAGGAGCCCGCGCCCUGGCCAAGGCCUUUCAGCUGAUGGGCAGCCUGGAAGAAGUCCACAUGCCCCAGAAUGGCAUCAACUACGCAGGUGUGAUGGCGUUAGCUUCAGCUGUGCGACAUAACCCAGAGCUCCGCGUCCUCAACUUCAAUGACAACACCUUCACCAAGAAGGGAACGCUGGCCAUGGCACAGGCUCUGAGGCACCUGAGAAAUGUACAGGUGAUCAACUUUGGAGACUGUCUGGUCCGCUCUGAAGGAGCCAUCGCCCUCGCUGCAGUCCUCAGAGAGGGACUGCCAAUCCUCAAGGAGCUCAAUCUGUCAUUUGGUGAGAUCACUGAGGCAGCAGCACUAGUGGUGGCUCAGGCUGUUAAGGACAAACUUCACAUGGAGACAGUGGAUCUGAACGGCAACUGUCUGGGAGAGGAGGGCUGUGAGGCCUUGAGAGAAGCUAUGGAGAACAUGGACAAAGGAGACAUGCUGGCGUCACUCAGUGAUGAUGAGGGAGAACCUGACGAUGAGGAUGAGGAAGAAGAUGAUGAUGAUGAUGCCAGUGACGACUGUAAUGAAGACAACGAGGAGGACGGAGACAUUGUGAAGGAAAAUGGACUAACAAGAAAAGAAGACAGUCCUGCAAAACCUCAGAGCCCAGCAGAGAUCAUGUCUUUCCUCAGCUGCCCCUCUGCAGAGAAGCUUCUUCAGCUGGGAGAGAUGAGGACAAACCUGCAGCAACAGGUGGAUGCAUCUGACCAGCACAAGGCCGCUGAUGUCCUUCUGAAAAUUGCUUCUUUGUACAGCGAGGAACCAGGGACCAAGACGGCUGUCCUUGAAACUAUUGACGCUGUGUUGCAGAAGCUCCUCUCUGGUUCAGCCCUCCAGUCAUACUGCUUCCUCUCCACGCUGCUGGUCAUGAUGGGACUCCUCAAGGGAGAGGGGAAGGUGAAAAAGGUGUCCCUGGUCCCAGGUCAGCUGUUGUGUUUGGAACACGCUGUCCAGCAGGAGUACUUCCCCCAGCACCACGCCUCGCUGCUUCACACCUUCAUGUCCAAGAACAGUGAAGCUCUCAAGUCCUGCAGCAGUGCCGGAGAGAGGCUGAGCUCUGCCCUGGAGAAGAAGUGCCACGAUCAACACUGAUCCACCACUGCCAGGACCAACACUGGGAUACAGACACACACUGUACUGACAUUAAUCUUUUCACCAACAAAACCAACAGGGAAGCUUUACACUUGAACAAGGGACUCGGACAACCACUUAGUGUAUCUUUACUCCUGAUUUGUAUAUUUUAUGAAGGCAUGACAAAGAUUGUCCAGAAUCUCCAAAUUUUAUUUUUCUACUUACGCUUGUGACUUAUAUUUUUAUAGAAAAUAUAGAUACAAAUAAUAAAAUUUAUAGAAAUACACAUCAGUUAACCUUUUGAGUAAAUGUGUAAAAAAUUAAACGUAUUGUAAUGUGAAGUGGAUCUAACAUAGACAGUGUCAAUCUGGCACCUUUUGCAACAUAUUGCUUUGCUUUUAGUUGUAGUUUCAAACAGCAAAACAAUGCAUCAAGGUCAUUUCCAAGUGUUGAUCAAUUUGGAAAUUGUACAAUAAAAUUUGGCAAAGCACGGCAGAUAUUGUGGCAGUGUUCUGAUAAGCACACAGCUACAGAUUUGCUGUAUUUUUAGACCUGUAUCUCUCAUACUCUGAAAACUUUGUUAUGGAGUGCUGAGACAGAAAUUAUUAAUGUAAAUCAAACUGAACAAAAAACUACACUUACAAUCUAUAAAUCAAAAUAAAUUGGUCCAAAAGAAAGAGAUGACUUUAUUGUUCUGUUUUACUGGUAGGAUGCAUUACAUGCACAUAUGGUAAGGGGAAAGAAAACAAACUUUUAGGACAGUCUGUCUAAUCACAAUCAUCACACCGCUACUCAUAAAGUCCAGUCAAGUCAGAAUGCUGUGUGCAUCAGACUGUGAGCAGGAAUGGGCUGCAUGCAGGACUGCCCCACACCACACACACACACACACACACAAACCUGAAUACACAGCAUGUGUGUGCAACGCCCAGCACUGAGCACAGUCAUAACACUGCAGAGCUCAGGGAACCACUAUCACUUUUAUCUGAUGUUUCUUCUCUCCUUUUUUUUUAAAUUCAUAAACACUUAUUGAAAAAUGUUCUCUUACGUGACUUUGUUACCUCAUAUAGCUGUUUUGUGUGUCUGUGAUGUGUCUUGAUGUGAUAAAGCAUUUAAGGGAAAUAGGAUGAGAAUGGGAUACACAUUUAUCAUUUAGCUACUCUUCUGAAUAACACUGGACAGUGUGUGCUGCCUUUAUAUUGUCAGGAUUUACCUGAUAUGUUGUUGUUUUGUACUUGAAAGCCCCAUCAGAAAUAUAACUAUCUAACAAG